AUGGUCAGACACUGCGUUAUGUGUGGAAACGUUGAUGGAGCUAUUGGAGUUUCAACACACAAAUUUCCUACGGACGCCGCACGUAGACGUCUGUGGGUGCAAUUUGUGGAGACCAACGGUUUUGCUGUUCGUCCACACUCUGUGCUCUGUUCGAGGCAUUUCAUUCCACACGUCGACUUCUUCCCAGGGGCCAAUCGACGCCGUUUAAUCAGAACAGCCGUGCCGUCAAUAGCAGUCGAACAGCAGCAUGAGGCACCUGACGGUGAACAAGCAGUUCACGAAGAAAUUGACAACGCCGAUGAACAAGGCGGCGCGGAAAUCGUUGAGGUCCAAAUGGAUUUCAAUGAAGUGCAAAUCGUCGAGGACAAUGUGGAAAUUGUCGAGGUCCAGGUGGAAGAUGACAAUGUGGAAGUUGUCGAAGUCCAGAUGGAAGACGACAAUGUGGAAGUUGUCGAAGUCCAGAUUGAAGACGACAAUGUGGAAGUUGUCGAAGUCCAGAUUGAAGACGACAAUGUGGAAGUUGUCGAGUUCCAGAUGGAUGACGUCAUAGUCGUUGAUGUUCUGCCGGCCGACGCGCGGGCAGAACUUGAAUUCGCAGACAUCUUCGACCAUUUACCUCCGGACGUCGACGAAGAGUUCGAGCCGAUUCCACUGGGUGUUCCUGUGGCGGCAGAACGUUUGCCAAUGAGAGACCGUCCGGCAGGUGUUCAACACCCACUCCCGGACCAACACAACAUAGGUGCUUUGGACGCGGUUUGCCGAGAAUGCAACGCCCGUCACUUCCACUGCGAGCGCGCAGCUAGAGGUCACUUCUCCACGUGCUGUAACAACGGUCAAGUGACCGCCACAGGACAGCGCGUUCUGCUGCCAGCACCUGUGCGUUUAACUAAUUUGUUGAUUGAUGAUUCACAGGAAGGUACCAACUUUCGAAGGGAGACUCGCCGGUACAACAACUCACUGGCGUUCGCAGCGUUCUCCAGCGACCUCAACCCCAGACGGUUGCCGGGUCGGGGACCAAGCGUGUACACUGUCCACGGACAAGUGUACCGCAGGGUCAACAAUGACGUCGUCGGCAACGAACACAGGCCACCGAGCUACUGUGAGUUGUACUUUGUCAACUCCGCCGAGGCCAACCAGUCCCGAAUGCGACAACAGGAUGUCGCAGACCGUCUUUUGGCAGGUUUGCUUGCAGACCUGGACCAAAUGCUUCGGGAGAUCAACCCGUACGCUCAGGCUUUUAGGAACAUGAGCAGGUUGUGGUUGGAGGAACAAGAAAGAGCCAAUGCCAACCCUGAUUUGAUUGGACCGAGGUCGGUAAGUAUGCAUUUUGUUACAGAUGCAGCCAGGGACCAGCGACGAUACCAGCGACCGACCGCAAACGAAGUUGCGGCCGUGUUCGUUGGUGACGACGGACGACCAAAUCUGGUAAUUUUUGACAGGAAUCCCGUUGACCCCCGACAUCGGAUGCAAACCAUACCCGCGGGCUCAUGUCACGCAGAUCCCAUGUUGUACCCUCUGUUCUUCCCGCACGGGGAGAGCGGAUGGCACUUCAACGUGAUGCAAGAGGGUAACCGCAACAACCAAGUUCGCAGUCGGAACACUAUCCGGGAGUUUGUGUGUUAUCGUAUGGCAAUUCGAUAUACAGGAAACAACGAUACUGAUCACGGAGGCAUAAGUUUAAUACACGGUGGUGGUUUUUUAUUGCAGCAGUACGUGUGCGACCAGUAUGUUCGGAUGGAAUCGAACAAUCUCAACUACGCCCGUAGAAAUCAGCAAGCGCUCCUCGCUGACGCUUAUCAAGGGCUGGUGGACCACGUCAACCAACAGCAUCACUUGGACGAGGCCAACCCGAUGGCUGUCGGCCGUAGAGUCAUUCUACCGUCGACGUUCGUCGGGAGUCCACGUUACAUGAAAGGAUGUUAUCACGACGCGAUGACUAUUGUGCGUGGCCAGAAAUCACACAGUACGUCGGAAGAUGGUCUGCUCCAAACGACAGACCCGAUCUCAUAG